GAGGCCGGUUUCACUCUUCCCGCCGGUGGAGACGAACCACAAGACACCGUGGAGGUUAUCUACGAACUCGAGGAUGAGGAGCCUGAAGACGUUGCGAUCAAGCCAAUCAUCAAGGUCGAGCUCCCAGUUGCGGCGGAUGCUUUGGGUACAGAUGAAGAUGUUCCCGAAGGCCCGAGGCUGACCUUCAACACCGACAUUGACGUCCAGGAGAUAUCGCCUACAAGGUCGACUGCUGGAUAUAUCGAAAUCGUCGCUGGUGGCGAUGCAGAUGUUGGUGCAGCAUCCUCUGGUCAAGCGGCUGGUACUCAGCGCGCCGGGAGCCUGACCCGCAUCCAGGGCGAUCAUUGCGGCAACCUGCGUUUGGAGGGGCAGCAUCGUUGCUUCCAUUGUGGCUGUUUCCUGACCAAAGGAAGCAGGCAGUCAACGUUCCGCAUGUUUAUGAGCCGCAAGCGCAACGACGUCCUCGACCAGAUCGCUCAGGAAACUGGCUACCGGCUUUGGCAGCUGACGGCUGACCAGGUACGCCAGGGCUCAGGACAGCACGACAACCGCGGCGCUCAGUCUGUCGAUGGAAAGGCUAUUGCUCAGGCAAAGCAAAGCCUUAAGCACUUCCGUGGCCAAGGACACUCUGGCAUGCUCGACAAGUUCGAUUCUGACCACAACUAUGCCAUUUACGCGGUCCGAAAUGGAUGGACUCGCCGAUUGUUGUCAAUUCAGGAGUGCGUUGCUUUCGCUUAUCUCCCGAAUCCUGGCCGCAAUCGUGAACAGAGAGCAUUGGGUUACGGAUCGAGCCGUCGUUUGGAAGCAAGCCAAGUGGACCACACGGCACUUUGCCGUAUGGUGUACUUCGACAAGCCCGCCGGUGAUCUCAUCCAGGCCGGUUUAUUGUCGAAUGACCAGGAGGAGCCCAUCGGUUUUGCCUGGCUUGGCAGCUUCUAUGGUGUUGAGGACGUCUCCCGCGUUGCUUUCUUCACAAGGGGAGUGAGCCAUGUCCUUACCUUCUGCGAAGGCACCAUUGAGCUCCCACAUGCGACUGAAGCUGGCGACAUCAAGAUUUUCCUAAAGGCAGUGGUUCGUGAUAACCACUCCGCUGCGAGGACCCUCGUCAGGCAGAUGAAGGAUGACGCCGAGGCUUCCCGUGCACCACAAAGGCUUGCAGACGAGCGUCGUGCCCGGCAGCAGGAGCGCAACGCCCCUCGCCAUGAGGAGGCCGAUGUAUGGUCGUCCUCAACGUGGGGCUGGUCUGACCACGGAACUUGGUGGUCGGGAGACUGGCGCUCUGAGAAUCGCUGGUCGGAAUGGGACUGGAGCAGCUGGCAGCAAGACCGCCACACUCCAUGGCGCUAUGAUCAUAGCCGUAGGUGGUAA